AUGAACGCGAAAAUACUUAUUGUUUUCUCUGUAUUGCUCACUAUUUCAAUCGCUAAUGAAGAAUGCGGUGAGAACGAAGAGUGGAGGAAUGGGGGCGACUGUGACGGUUGCUCUUUCAAAGAUUGGAUAAUCGAGCAGGGUAUGCCUUGUGGAGCUCCAGCCCAAGAGCAAUGCCUCUGCAUCAAGGGAUUCAUGAGGGAUGAGAGCAAGAAAUGCAUUCCCGCUGAUGAAUGCCCUGCACCUGACCCUGCUGCUGCCAUCGAUCCAUCAGGA